CGCCCCCUCUUUGUCGGAAUUGUACUCAACGAGAGCUGUGCGCCAUAUCGUUCUAAACAAAACUUGACAAUAUCUCAUAAAUUAUUCAAGAAACAAUUCAUUACGUUAGUGAGAAAUAAUAAAUAAUUGAGGAAAUUUUUAUUGUGUCUGUGGAUUAAGCACUUUACGUUGAAAUGUGAAAUAUUUUCGUGUCGAACGAGUUCAAUGAAAAAAAAAAUUAUUCAUUGAACCUGACUGCAUAUUGUCUUCAGUAUUGAGUUUAUAAAUUGGAUAUUGAAUAUUGGAGUUGGAUAUUAAAGAAAAAACAAUAACAAUGGAUUCAAAGGAAGAAGAACCUUCAGCAAAGUUAAAUGUUAAGGUGUCAAUUGAAAAAGGACACGAAUUAUUCUUUUCCGAGCCGGAUGUUACUGAAGAUAAUGUGGAUGAUAACACAGAAGACAACAAUGAAGAUAAUACCGAAGACAAUGCUAAAAAGAAUUCAAAAACAAAAGCAAAAAGCAAAGAAACAACAGCAAAGCGAAAGAAAUCGAAAAAUCCAGUUAAAAAUGCAAAGAAAUCCAAAGGAGACGAAGAGUCUGAUUACGAUCCAACAACAUUAGAAUACAAUUCAGAUCAAGUUUUCGAUCGUUUCCAACAAGGCUGUGAAUGCCAAGACGAAAAUUGUUUCAGGGGUUUAAAUGCCGAUUCAGUGUAUCGUCACAGAUUAAACAUCGCGGAACUGACAAAAGCAGAACACGACAUGUAUUUAAUGGGAGUAACAAUGGCCUGUCUCACAAAUCCUUAUGAAACAGCAAGACACACCGAGCGACGACGACUUCGCGCUCAAUAUGUAUAUCAAGGUCGAAAAGUUUGUUUAGACGCAUUUCUCUAUCUGGAAAAUUGCACUCAUUAUCAAAUAAAGAGAAUUAGAAAACAUCUCAUGACACAUGGAGUGACACCGAGAGUACAUGGGAAUUAUGGAAAAGUUCCUCACAACACUUUCUCCUUGGAUAUCUAUAAAAAUGCGACGGAAUUUCUCAAAGAGUUUGUCAAGAAACAAGAGGAAUUACAAAAGACAAAACUCACGAAAAAUGCACCAUUACAUUUAUCCGCGGAUAUAACGCGUAAGACUGUUCACGAUUUGUACAAGGAAUAUUGCAACAACAUGUCGCCAACAACCAAGGCACUUGGCUACUCGACUUUUCGACGAUUUAUGAACGAACAAUUCUCGCAGGUGAAAUUUGCCAAACAAGACUUUGUCGUCAGGGCGCAAGCCGGAAAAAAUGAGACAGAAAAAAAUGAUGUCAACAAUCAGUCUGUUAAUGAAGAAGCCGAUGUGGGGAAUGCAAAUUUAAUGCAACUUGUCAUGGCUAGUGAGGCGAUUGAUAAAAAUAAUACAUACAUUCUGACACCAGUGGAACAGGAGAAAAAUCAGGACUUUUUUUUAUUGUGAAUAUUUCACGAAAGACAAAUUUAGUAUUUCGAUAAAAAUUUUUUCGUUAAAAACAAUUACUCGUUUGUUUCGUUACAAAAUAGUACAACGUAUCAUUUAAGUUUAUAUUCUCAAUUUCUUUUCCCACGAAAUAUUGAACAAAGUUUUUAUUUUAGUUAAAAAUAAUUUUCUAUUUUACAGAAGACUUAAAUAUUUUCAAUAAUGUAAUUUAAUAGUCUUAUUUUUGUAACCAG